AUGACCUCCAUGGCAUCGGAGUCAGUGGCCACGAUUGUGUGCACGUGCAAGCAGACCCGUUUUGACAUAGCGACACCUGAUUAUCGAGAACUAGAUGUGGAGGGUCUCAAUAUCACGGUUUCGUCUGGCGCCAAAGCAGCUGCUAAAGGAAAGAGCAAGUCUAAGGGCGAAGGCAUCGAGAUCCUGAACAACGCGAAGCUCCGGUUAAAGGCUGGCCAGAGGUAUGCCCUGGUCGGGCGUAAUGGAACUGGAAAAUCCACAUUGUUGAAGGCUAUUGCCGAGAAACUGAUCCCAGGGAUACCGGAAGAGACGCGUGUGGUCCUUCUGCAACAGACUAAUAUCACCGACGAGAACCUGAGUGAUGCGAAAGACUACUCACGCUCAAGCAAUACAGGAAGCAGCGGCCUAAGCGUCCUUGAAGAAGUCAUCGAGCGUGCGACUGCCCGUCAAGAAGUCCAGAGAGAAAUCGACGUACUUUCUAAGGGUAUCGAGAGCGCUGAUGCAUACGGGGCGCUUCGAGGCUUACGUAAAUUUCGGUACGAUCAACUUCAGAAGGAUCUUUUUCUCAAGGACAAAGAUGCACGACUGCGAAGCGGUGCCCGGGGUAUGCAGGCCCGGAAAGCACUGAUUGCUGCCGAGAAGGAAGUUGCAGCAUUUGAGACCAUAUACUCGCAGAAGAACGAGGAGAUUACAUCGGAGGUGCUGGCGAAGGAGACAAGUGACGCAGCUGACAUGCUUGCCGAGCUAGAGCUCCAAGUUGAGCCUUCUAAACUCGCUGAAGUUGAGUCUCGGGCAAAGAAGAUCCUCACAGGACUCGGCUUCUCCGACUUGUACAUGGAGAAGGAGGUCUCCAGCUUAUCUGGAGGAUGGAAGAUGCGCACUUCUCUAGCAGCGGCGUUGCUUCAGGAUUGCGAUAUUCUGAUUCUUGACGAGCCUACGAAUUUUCUGGAUCUAUUUGGCAUCAUGUGGCUCCAGCAACACCUCACCACCUUAGCCGAUACCCCAGAACCGCCCACGUUGGUUCUGGUCUCCCAUGACCGCGACUUCAUCUCCCUUUGCACUGAUCUACUGAUCGUCAAGGAUAAAGACCUCACUUAUUUCCACGGCGAUCUGCCCACAUAUGAAUCAUCACGCGCCGAGAAAAAGGUCUAUCUGACGAAGAUGAAAGAGGCAAAGGAAAAACAGAAAGAGCACAUCCAACAAACGAUUCAGAAGAACAUGAAAGAGGGCAAAGCCAAGGACGACCAAAACAAGAUACGACAGGCUAAGUCGCGGCAGAAGAAGCUUGACGAUCGCUGGGGUCUUGAAGUCAGUGCCAAGGGUGGCAAGUUCAAGUUGAACCGAGAUCUCGUUGGCUACCAUUUGACUAGCCGGGCGGACAUCGAUAUCCCACAAGAUGAGCGGCCUGUCAGUUUUGUACUUCCCGAACCUCCUGAUUUGCGAUUUCCGGGAGCCUUGUUAUCCCUGGAGAAGCUGGCUUUCCGAUAUCCUUCCAAUAAGCCGGGCAAAACAGUGCAACCACUUGUCUUGAAGGAUAUAACACUUUCCGUGAAUAUGGGGGACAGGAUUGGUAUCUUAGGAUUGAACGGCGGCGGAAAAUCAACCUUGAUUAAGCUGCUAGUGGAGGAAACAAAGCCAACAUCGGGGACCUUAUCGAUUCACCCACGCUUAAAACUGGGAUACUAUUCUCAACAUGCUGUUGAGACUCUGCAACAGAUGGGAAUUGGCGAGCAGGACUUGACGGGGUUAGGUUUGAUGGUCGAAGAAGUAUCUGGAGAGCUCGAUGAAGGGCAGUUACGCCGCCUUCUGGGUUCUCUGGGCUUGCCUGGUCGACUGGCGUCAGAUACGCCAAUUCGUAAGCUAUCUGGCGGUCAACUGGUACGUUUGGAGUUGGCGCGCAUUCUGUGGAAGGCUCCGCACUGCCUGGUCCUCGAUGAAGCUACCACUCAUCUCGACUAUGAGACUGUAACAGCCUUGCGAGAAGCUCUGAAGAGCUGGGAAGGCGCGGUCGUUGUUGUCAGCCACGAUAGAUGGUUCUUGCGUGGUGUGGUGGAGGGCCUCAACGAUGAUCAGGACAGUGAUCUCUCGGAUAUUGAGGAGAACGAGAUCCCACGGCGACGCGUGGUAUAUCGUUUGAAGGCUGGCGAGUUGGUUGUACUUGAAGGAGGCGUGCAGCAGUUUGAAAACAUCAUGGAGAACCGGGUACGCAAGGUGAUGAACUCAUGA